UCGUGUCUGGUGUAUAAUUGAUUGAUUGAUUGAUUGAUUGGCACUCCAGGAUAGGAGGGGUAGGCAAAUUCAGUGGAGGAAUACAAGUUUUGAGCGAAGGCUUGGGGUGGAAUACAAUUGAGGAAACGGAAUUUCAAGGAGACAAGAAACAGAAAGGAUGAUAGAGGAAGAAUGGAGGAGGAGGUGGUGGUGGUUGGUCGAGCCAGCAGCAGCUGUACAAGAUGCCGCCGGGAAUUAUUGCAAGUAAGAGUGCGCUGCCACGGUUCGCUUGCGAGAUGGGGGAGUGUGGGUGAAUGACUGAAUCAUUUCCAACGAGACUAACUGCAAUUGAAUCGAUGAUCCGAUCAGAUCCGAUCGAAUCGAUCGUGUUGAUCGUGAUUGAUGGAGUGCCAAUUCAAUCCACUGAUUGAUCCGACAUAGGAUCUCGAUAUAAAGAUGUGAUUGCUUCAGAUCUACACAGAAGGAAGAAGAAAGAUUGAACGACGGGGCUGGAGACCAGCUUCGGGGGGGGGGUGGAGUGGGAGGAGAGGGGGGGAAUAGAGAAAAGAAUCAUACAGUAAGAAGAGGAGGAGGGAUAGACAAGACACACAAUCAUCAGUUAACUAAGUUUGAUGCGAUGGAUGGCAGCUGGGAGUCAUCGUUGAAGACGCCCCUGCUUGCUGCAACAGCAUCGGGGGCUCCGUCGUCGGGUGGUCGUGCACCGCAGGGGUAUGUCGCGGCAGCGACCGGUCGCUCGUUCCCGGCAUCCAUCGGCAUCGCGCAGCAGCAGCAGCAGCAGCAGCAGCAUCCGAACCCGGUUUCGUCGCUGUCGGGAUCGCAACGUAGCUCCCGAUGCGCGUCGCCGCACUACGCGCCGCCGGUGCUCCCGCCGUCUUCGUUGGGUCCGACACAUCACCACCAACCACUGCAGCAGCAGUUUGCCACGUGUCCUAGCUAUUUGUCGGUCUCGGCACCUUCGGCGGGGGCGGCGGCGGCGGGGAGGAGAUCGGGAUCCCGACAUCACCCGGCAGUAGCAGCGCUAUCAGGGGCAGAACGCAGGCCGUUGUCGAGAUCGAGCUCGCCUGCGCCACGUGGCGGCAGACCAUUCUCGACCUCAAGAUCGCCGCCUCCGUCACGUGGCAGGCCAUACUCGCGGUCGAAGUCUCCCGGGCCAUUCGGCAGGCCAUUGUCAGGGUCAAGGUCGCCUCCUCCCCGACUAUCGGCGUUGGGGAGCAACUUUGACAAGCCUCGAAUCGCCGCCGGAUCGUGGAGCACGGGUGGUGGAGGAGGUGGAGGAGGAGGAGGAGGAGGAGGAGGAGGAGUAAGUGGUACAACGCUGAGUCUGACAAGGAAGAAGGCACUUGCUGUGCGCACGUGGCUACGUUUAGAUGCUAGCGGAAAUGUCCAAGUGAUGGAGGUUGACAAGGGUACGAUCAUGAGGAGAUGCCACAUCCCUGCGCGCGAUCUGCGGCUGCUAGAUCCGCUCUUCGUGUACCCAUCAACGAUCCUCGGGAGGGACAAAGCGAUCGUGGUCAAUUUGGAGCAAAUCCGCGCGCUAAUUACGAACGAGGAGGUGUGGCUUCUGGAAACGUCGGAUCCGUGUGUGAGGGCAUUCGUGCGGGAACUAGGACGGCGCCUUGCUAUGCCUCACAGCGGCAAUCGAGGAGGUACGACUGCUAAAACUGAACAAGCUAACCACCAAAUUAAUCAGGGUCAGCAGCAGCAGCAGCAGCAGCAGCAGCAGCAGCAGGUUCCAUCGUCGUGGCAGCAGCAGCAGCAGCAGCCUCCGUCGUGGCAGCAGCAGCAGCAGCAGCAGCAGCAGCACGUUCCAUCGUCGUGGCAGCAGCAGCAGCAGCAGCAGGUUCCAUCGUCGUGGCAGGAGCAGUGCUACGUGCAGCAGUCGAAGCGAGGAGAUGGCCAUUCACCGGCGGCGGCAGAAUCCGGGUGGCUUCCACCAGUCAUGGUCCCGACAGUAGCAGCGGGGAUACCGACGGGAGGAGCGGUAGGAAAUUUGAUGCCGUCAACGGCGGCGACGAUGGCUGGAUCGCACGUCGCAAUCCCGCCGUCCACGUCCAUGAGCGAAGCUCAAAGUCCGACGAGACGUGUUGACGGCUCGUUCUUCGCAUGUGGAGGGGGAGGGGGAGGAGGAGGAGGAGGAGGAGGGUGGAUGCCGACAGCCUGGCCGGCGCCGGCGGCCGGUCGCCACGAUAGCGAUCGUAGCGGGGUGUCGCCGGACAUGGGAUCGGGAUGGGGAGAAGAACCCGAGGCCAGACUCGCAGGCGCAGGUCCUGGAGGAGGAGGAGGAGGAGGAGGAGGUGGUGGUCAUCAACCGCCCGCCACCACCGCCAACGCCGGCGCAGGAGGAGAAGGCGGAGAAAAAGGAGGAGGAGGCGAGGAAGGUGGCGAUUCGGAGUCGUCGAUUGCUUUGGGCGCGUGGAGCUCAUCUGCGGGGGGCGCGGCUUGGGACGAGCUGCCGUUCGAGUUUCGGGCUCUUGAACUCGCUCUAGAAGCGGCUUGCUGGCUUCUAGAUCGCCAGACAACGGAACUUCAGCAGGAGUCUUAUCCGGUACUGGAUGAGUUGGCAAAUAAGGUAAGUACGCUGCAUCUGGAACACGUAAGGAGACUGAAAAGCCGGCUAGAUGCACUCAUGCGCCGAGUUCAACGGGUGAGAGACGAGAUCGAGCAGUUGAUGGAUGAUGAUGCGGACAUGGCGGAAAUGUAUUUGACGGAAAAGAAGGUCCGAGAAGAGGAAUCCAUCCUCGGAAGACUUGGAGGAGGAGGAGGAGGAGGAGGAGGAGAAGAGCAGUAUGGCAAUCAUUAUCAUCAUCGUCGUCAUCUUCGUAGUCGUCGUCCUUCCAAUCGCGAUCGCGAUCGGCAGAACUCUUCGUCCGAUGAUCUUGUCGAAAGGGAUCGUCGAUCUGACGUGGCAGUCUGUGGUCCCAUCUCGACCAGUACGAUGGUUGCCAGUCCAGCCUGGAGUCUGGAUCGGGACAUGGACAGUCUGGUGGACAAUACCAGCAUGGCGUGCCCGCCCUCUGCUGCCGCUCAACGGCAUACCCGGCCCUCCUCUUCUCCUCCUUUUCCUCCUCCUCCUCCUCCUCCUCCUCCCUCUUCACGUCCGGGAAAGAAGCGCAAGGCUGAUGUUCAGCAGCAGCAGCGGCAGCAGCAGCAGCAGCAGCAGCAGCAGCAGCAGCAGCAGCAGCAGCAGCAGCAGCAGCCACACCCAGGAGUCGGCGGUGUUGCCGCCGCCGCCGCCGCCACCACCACCAGCACCACCUCCAUACUAACCCCCUCACGACGAAGUGAUUUCAAUCUGCUUUCUUUGAAUCAUCCUCGUGCUAAAGAUGAUGAUCCUGAGGAAGAGGAGGAGGAGGAGGACGAUGAGGAGCAGCAGCAGCAGCAGGAAGAUGACGGCGGGAGAUCCGCGGUCGUUCGCGAUGGCGAAAGACCCGACCACGACGGCGGAGACGAUGGCUAUGGCGAUGGAGAUGAGAAGAAGAGGCGGCCGCGACGCAUCCGUCGGAACAUGAGCCGCCGCGAUCGCGAUCGCGAUCGAUUCCAUCAUCGUCAUCGUCAUCACCAAGCACACGGAUCUGCUGCAGCUGAUUCCUCCUCCUCCUCCCCCUCCCCCUCCCCCUCAUUAGUGUAUUAUACCGACGACACUUUGGCGGGUACAUCGAGUUUGCAGCCUUCUUCUACGUCUGCUGUGCAUACAGAGGAGUUAGAGAUGUUGCUAGAAGCCUAUUUCAUCCAGUGUGAAAGCACUUUACAAAAACUAGGAUCGCUGAAGGAGUAUAUCGAGGACACUGAAGAUUACAUCAACAUUCAGUUGGAUCAGACCCGAAAUCAGCUGAUUCUGUUCGAAUUGCUGCUCACUUCACUGACCUUCGUCCUCACAAUUUACGGCGUUGUUGCGGGAAUCUUCGGCAUGAAUGUUCCCAUUGGACUCGAAAAUAGCCCGCAGGCAUUUGGAGUGGUCAUCGUGAUCACGGGUUUAGUGGGGCUUGCGAUUUUUGCAGCCAUCAUGGGGUAUUUCCGCUAUAAGAGAUUGCAAUGGGAGGAGGAAGAGGAGAGGAAGGAAGAGGAGGAAGAGGAGGAGGAAGAGGAGGAGGAGGAGGAAGAGGAGGAGGAAGAGGAGGAAAAGGAGGAUGAAGAGGAGGGAGAGGAAGAGGAUGGGGAGGAGGAGGAGGAAGAGGAGGGGGAGGAAGAGGAGGAGGAAGAGGAGGGAGAGGAAAAGGAGAAGGAAGAGGGAGGGGAGGAGGAGGAGGAGGAAGAAGAGGACAAGGAGGGAGAGAAGCAGAAACUGCUAGAAAAGUACCAGUUGAGCGACCAACUGUUGGACUUGACCGAUUUGAGUAAGGUUAGUUGGAAAAGCUUUGGUACAACAAAGCAGUUCCUUACUAAAUUCGAGCGGGUGGCGAAAUUAGUUCCUGACCUUCCAGAUAAAGAUCGUUGCCUCAUCUUCCUGGAGACUUUCACGGAGGUGGAACAACUAAAGUUGGUGAAUGGCAUGAAAGAAAGGUAUGAUUGGCCAAAAAUUCGAGAGAAUUUAUUGGCCGGGGACUUCGACCAGAUCCUCUGUCGGCUGUUGAAACAGCAGAAGGAGAAUCGGGAGAGGUUACAGUUGGGGACAAACAAGAAUAAGGAGGUCUAUAAGACCUUAUCUGACAGGAGGGAAAUGAUGAGCAGUAUGAAGGGGGAACAGUUAAAACUUCAAGUGAUGAUGGCCAAGGCGAAAACAGGGAAGAGAAAAGGGAAGGAGCCUGUCACUAAAGAGAGGAGCAGUGAGAGUGAGAGCGAGGAGGAAAGGGAACCCCCUCGUAAGUUGACCAAGGCUGAGAGGAAAGCCUUGAACCAGAUACGAGGAGGGCAAGGUACUUCUCGUAAACAAAGAGUUAGCAGCAAGAACGGAGGAAAUGGAAGUGGGGAGCGACAGGUUGACCAAGGACAACAAAAUCAAGGUCAACAGACUCAACCACAGGGUGGUCGAGGCCGUGGUAGAGGCCGCGGAAAUGGAGACGGACGUGGGAACUGGCAGGAAUACGUCUGCAAAUAUUGCGAUAUGAAGGGACAUGUUAUUCGUUUCUGCCAGAUUCUCGCCAAGGACGAGAAGGACCAUAUCGUCUUCACGACGAUUCGAGGAGAAGUCUUUGACUUUGAGGGAAAUCUCAUCGAUCAGGAUAUUAAAGGAGGAAUGAGAAAAUAAAUUUUUCGACGGAUGGGCCGUCCUCUUCCGGCUACAUUCCGGAUAGCUUCUCCUGAAGAAGCAAACCUUUU